GGAGCCGGGGAACCAGCCUGCAGCAGCCGCGGAGGGAGCAGCAGCAGCUGGAUGCAGCCCAGAGGAUUGUGCCCGUAGCGCCCAGCGGGAUUUAGCCAGGGAAGAGCCACCGCCCCCUUCCCCGCUCUGCCCCCAGCCCGGCUGGGCUCCUGCGCGGGGCAUGAACGGCUACGGCUCCCCGUACCUGUACAUGGGCGGCCCGGUGUCCCAGCCGCCCCGGGCCCCCCUGCAGCGCACCCCGAAGUGCGCCCGCUGCCGCAACCACGGCGUGCUGUCCUGGCUGAAGGGCCACAAGCGCUACUGCCGCUUCAAGGACUGCACCUGCGAGAAGUGCAUCCUGAUCAUCGAGCGCCAGCGGGUCAUGGCCGCGCAGGUGGCGCUGCGCCGGCAGCAGGCCAACGAGAGCCUGGAGAGCCUCCUCCCGGACUCCCUGCGCGCCCUGCCCGGGCCCCCGCCGCCCGCCGCCGGCGGGGACUGCGCCCCGCAGAGACCCUCCGCCGCCGCCCUGCGCUGGGCCUCCGAGCAGCCCGCAGCCCUGCAGCCGCAGCUCCCCAAAGCAGACAUGACUGAGGAACGGUUGGGUGACGCAAGUGGAACAGAUAAUGCUGAGACCUACAGUGACAAAGACACAGACCAAAGGAGUUCCCCUGAUGUGACAAAAGCCAAAAGCUGCUUCACUCCCGAGAGCCCUGAAAUAGUGUCAGUGGAUGAAGGUGGUUAUGCAGCCCAGAAACAUGGUGGCAGCACAGAGAGCAGACCAGAUAGUCCCAAGUACCAUGCAGAACAGAAUCAUCUCCUGAUAGAAGGUCCAUCGGGGACAGUUUCUCUGCCUUUCAGUUUGAAGGCCAACAGGCCUCCUCUUGAAGUGUUAAAAAAAAUCUUCCCCAACCAAAAGCCAACUGUGCUUGAAUUAAUCUUGAAAGGCUGUGGGGGUGAUCUGGUGAGUGCUGUUGAGGUCCUUUUGUCCAGCCGAUCUUCAGUAACUGGUGGGGACAGAACUUCUGCAGAAUCAGACAGUCUUGUUUUGCCUUCCAAUGGGCACAUUUUUGAACAUACACUGAGUUCAUAUCCCAUUUCCUCUUCUAAGUGGUCUGUAGGAUCAGCCUUUAGAGUUCCAGACACAUUGAGAUUCUCCACUGAUUCUAGUAGUGUUGUGCCAAAUCCUUUGGCUGUACCUUUACAGCACCCUUUCCCACAGCCACCACGAUACCCACUGAUGUUGAGGAACACUUUGGCGAGAAAUCAGUCCAGUCCUUUUCUACCUAAUGAUGUCACCUUAUGGAACACCAUGACACUGCAGCAGCAAUACCAGCUGAGGUCCCAGUAUGUCAGCCCAUUCUCUAGUAAUUCAACCAGUGUAUUCCGAAGUUCACCUGUCCUUCCUACUCGCUCAUCAGAAGAUCCCAGGAUCUCAAUCCCUGAUGAUGGAUGUCCAAUUGUGUCUAAACAACCUAUUUAUACAGAAGAUGACUAUGAUGAAAGAUCUGAUUCUUCAGACUCUAGAAUACUCAAUACAUCAUCUUAGAAUGACACUUUGACAUGCGAUAAGUAAGUGAUAUUUGCAAUUCAGCUGAACUACGGGGCAACAAGAGGAGGGACACAUUCUCUAUGAAACCCUUGCAAUUAUAUAAAAAAGUGACUUUGCUUGGUACUGUACAUUAGCAAUAAAGAUAUAACUUAUUAAAUUUCUUGCACUUCACUGGAAAAUGCCAAAUAGCUAUACUCUAUGGCUUUAGUGCUGAAUGUUUAUUACAAAGGAAGAUUCUAAUGCUAAGAAUAAUUAUGGGAAAGCUGGGACUGUGGAAGAUUUAUAAUAGAACCUAAAACUGAAGGUCUGCCUUGCCCCUUAACUCAGACAACCGGGAAUGUUAAAAUAGAAUACUUGAAUGCUGUUUUAUAAGAGAGGACUCCUCAGGACAUAAGAAAUCAAAAGAACGUAGUUCAAUUGCAAAUGGACUAAGCAGGGACCUUAUAUUCUUAUUCCAAUAAUCAUCCUUGCAUUUAACAAAAACAAAAACAACCCCCUGCCCCCAAAAACAAAUCAAAAUGACUUACUGCACACGAGACUAGAGUGAACUGCUUCUGUGCUGUUUAAGCUUGGACACUUUUUAGAGACAAAUAAUAUUAAGAGUUAUUCUUUUCACAUGGCUAGAUCGAAACAUGUGUAAUGUCAAUGUAAAACCAAUUACAGCUGUGAAUUGCAUGAAAUGUAUUGUGAAAUAAACACAGGAUUAAAAAUUGUCAGGUUAAUGUAGCAUGCUAAGGACUCUAGACAAAUAAACUAAGAAGAUGA